CCCCGUGGAACCCAAGACCCGAAACCCGAUUGAUUAAUGAACUCGAUGUCCCUCCCACUGCUGGCCUCUUCGCAAAGGUUUCAUCCAAGCCUACCAACCACUCCAAGUUCACCGGAAAAUGCGGCAAGACCCGAUGCUCCGGCUGCCGGUUCCACCCGGUUCAAAAGGCCAAAGAUAAAACCAAGGGAUCUCAUAAGUUCAAGUCGCACCAUCUCGUCAUUGACUGCCCGCUGGCCAAUUACGACCCUGCAAGCUUCAUCGAUGAUGAUGGUGACGAUCAGCCACUAGAAGUAACAGAUUUUGAAUCGAGGGUCGAAGAUAUUCAUCAUCAUGUGGAUGAUGAAGAUGAAGAUGAAACGAGUUACUGUAAAGUAGAGUUUGUUGUGGAAGAAGCCGUGGAAGGAGACGACACUUGGUGUUUAGUAGAAGAAGACAAAGUAAUCUAAUAGACGAAGAGGCGGCUAACUGUAACAGCCAUCUUCCAUUCCAUUCGUGGCUGUGUACUUUUUCUGCUUCUAUAAACUUUUAUCAAUGUGGAUAUGAAUAAUGGUUCAAUCUCAACUUGAACUUUAUAGAGUGGAUUCACUACUUCACUGUAAAACCAGGAUUAGAGGGUGACAUUUUUAAUAUCUAACUCUGUUCUUUGGAUAUCA